AUGGAGGGUCUUAUUCCUUUGGUUUACAAGACAAUUAUGCAAUACAAGAGUGGAAAAGAAGAUGCUAUAGGAUCAUGGAUUUCCGAAUCACCUUCAUAUUCAUACAUGAGACUUCCAACCGGGGAUUCGGGUCGGUUUCAAAUUCAAACAACUUCAUCUUCUUCUAACCAUGUUUCUUCCUCCUCUUCUUCUACAACACAUGUUAUUGUUUCUUCUAGUGUUCAAUCUCCGCAUCAGCGUCUCACACAUCGUCGAAUUGCAGCAUAA